GCCUACACUCAUAUAGUUAAUCAUCGCAUGCAAGGCCAUCGUCGAUCACCAUCUUCAAGAUUCAAGAUGAUGAUGUGCUCAAGAUCCUUUUUCAUUCUCCCACUCACCAUCAUCAUCAUCUCUUGUGCAAUACUCGCGCCGCAUCUACAGACUGCCAGUGCCAACCCCAAGAAGGUUGUACGGAUCCUGGACUCCAUCCCGACCAACAACCCGGUCCAGCCCAUGAAGCCACUGCUCGUGCACUGCAAAUCCAAAGACACAGAUCUAGGAGUGUGGGCGAUGAACGAGAAUGAGGAGCGCGAAUUCCACUUCAGGGUACAACUUUGUUCUGGUGUGACUUCAACUGGGGCGUCAAGGCCCGAAGCGUCGUCGUAUUCAACGCCCAAGAAGGCCAGUGCGGGGACCGCCAUCGCCGGCCCUAAAAAGGUCGUGCGGAUAACGGAUUUGAUCCCGACCCACAACCCGGUCCAGCCUCCGAAGGUCCUGAACGUGCAUUGCAAGUCCAAAGACGAUGAUCUGGGCCUCUGGACAAUGACAGAGAACCAGUCGCGCGAGUUCCACUUCCGGGUCAACUACUGGUGGACCACUCUGUUCUGGUGCCGCUUCGACUGGGGCACCAAAUUUGCCAACUUUGUCGUUUUCGACGCGAAUAGCCGGGACGGGUACGAUUGCAGGCGCGAGAGGUACUGCAAUUGGCGGGUGAAGACCGACGGGUUUUACUUCGCCAAAGGGGAGUUUCCUAAAGACUCUGAUUUUGUUCGGAAGGGAUAUUGGAUGGACAAAUAGAGAACUACUAAUAAGUAAUAAGGGGUAUAGUAUAAGAUCGAUCUUCCUAAAAUAAAGAGUGAAUAGAAUACAUGCAUGUGG